AUGAGCCAUCGCCCUACGCCCGCCUCGGAGCCCAGCCGUCCGCAAACCGAAAGCCACCACCGCUCAAACCCCUCCUACUCCAGCAGCAAGAAGCCCUACGCCUCCCGCAUGGCAUCCCUGCCCGCCCACCUUCCCGGCUUCCACAACUCCCAAGACCGGGAGAAGCAACCCGCCGGUCCAGACCCAAUGUCGGACAUCAAAUCCCCAACCCGUCGCUUCUUCAGCUCGCGGCGCGCGCGCUCCAAAUCCCCAGCGCCCAUCAUCACCGACACAUCUGGCUCCACAGUCCUGAACCAAAACAACCUCGUCGCAUCACCCACAGAGGACGAGACCGCAUUCCCACGCCGCGGCCACUUACUCGACUCCCCACCGCCCAUGAGCCCGCCAUUCUCGCCCUCGGAACCAUCGUAUUCAUCUACGAUGACGGGGAAGAAGAGACAUUCCUACAGCUCGCGCAAGGGGAGCAGCGACUACAAGCGAUUGAGUGGGACCGUGAAUCACUGCGGUCGACACGGUAAUGAUUGGCUGUUGGGCGGCUUUAGCGUUCGCGAGCGAGUGCGUGGGCUAUUCAAGGAUGAGAAUGAGGAGGAGCACGAGGGUAAUCGGAAUGAGUGGCAUCAUUGA